UUGACAAGAGUGGUGUGUAAAAUCUUGUUGCCCGUCGCUAUCGAAUAGUCUCCUGGCUGACAGUGCAUGGGAAGUCCCAGUGGUAGUGUAGCGAGCGGCCAUGUUGGAUGACUCACCAGAAACACUGACCCCUGACUCUGCUGCAUGCCCAACCUCUUUGGAACAAAGGUGGUCUCAGCAAGCCUGUGUGACGCCCUCUGUGAGUGGUGGUGGGCACAGAGAGUCCUCAGAGAGGAUGUUCCUAUGGGCAGGAAGCAAAGGAGCUCAGGGAUCAGGAAGUGAGAGAAGGACUAUUUAUCAGAAGGUCCGGGAGUAUGACGUGCUAGACAAGAGGAAGACAGUGACAGCGCUGAAGGCUGGGGAGGACAGAGCUAUUCUCCUGGGACUCAGCAUGAUCCUCUUCUCUGUGAUGAUGUACUUUGUGCUGGGCAUUACCAUGGUGCGCUCCUACUCAGACAGUGUGUGGACGGAGGAAUCCGGCUGCACUGUGCUCAACUCCACCAUCGUGGCGGAGAUUAACUGUACCUACAGCUGCGGCUCCGAGUGCUGGAAAAGCUCCAAGUACCCGUGCCUACAGGUGUUUGUCAGUCUCAACACAUCCGGAAAGGUUGUACGACUCUCCCACAAUGAGGAGGCACAGGACACCAACCCAGAGUGCUUCUAUGUGCCCAAAUGCCAGAAGGACUUCAAUGCGAUCCACACUGUAGUCAUGAAAAUCUUGGAGCGUCUGAAAACACAGCAGCAGGUGCUGUGUUACAUGGACCCAGGUGAACAGCAGGACAGUGCUCUACUGACACGCAUCUAUGGACGAUUGGCAGUGUUCCACUCACUCUUUUGGCCAACCUGCACCCUCAUUGGUGGAACCAUCAUCAUCGCCAUGGUGAAGCUCACCCAGUAUCUGUCCAUCAUGUGUGAACAGGUGGGCAGGAUCAAAAGGUGAGAGUAAGUCCAGCGACAGGGGACAGGUGCUAGGCUACAAGGCCAGGGGACAGGGGCCAGGCUACAGGGGCCAAGGGAUAGGCUACAGUAGCAGCACAAGGUCCUGGUUUUCAUACGCAGCCUAGGAACCUUAAGGAAGCUCUUUAUAUUCCAUUUGCGCUAAAGACUUGUGUAUGAGAGCUGAGCAACAGGGGAUCUGGGGGCUUAAUAUGCCCCACAUGAUUCCUCUGUGCCUUCUGAGGAAAUCAAUAGGACUGAUAUGGGCUCCCGGCAGCUGUGUCAUGGCAGGUGAAAGUCAAUGACUUUGGGGCACAAUGAUUUUUCCUGGGAUCACUUUUCUGCACCUCCAUAAGUGGCACAAUCAUACAAAGUGAUGGCUUGAAAGAAGUGUCCAACACUGGACCUAAUCUGCCCUUGAACCCCUAGACAGCAUUGAUGAUCCAUUCACACUGUGACGACAAGGCAGUGAUGCCAAGAGGGUUUGACCGGGACAUCUAUGUUGAAGCAUUGUCCAGAAUACUGAUCUAAACUUGGCUCCUUGUGUUACUGGUAUUGGGUGGAGGGUUACACAACUACAGGCGGCUGGGGGCGACACCCCUAAACGAGGUGUUGACUAUCUAUGCUGUAAGCCUGGGUCUGUAGAGACUCCAUUCCAAGCUAAUAGUUUGGGAUAAACACUUCCUUGCAAUAUGGUGUAGCAGUAAUUACAUAUCACAAUAGGUCUUAGUCACUAGGAUGAUUAGAUUGAAGUACAAUGCAACUUCCCAGGGCAACUGUUCAAUACAAAAUGCCUUAAUUUCUGGCCCUAAGACUGUGAUAGAUUGCUCAGCAUUUCAGACAGGAAUUCUACAGGACCUUCUCUGAAAUGGGUAGAUAUACUGAGGCAAACUGCAUUUUCAGUGCCUGGGCGUGGCUGCAUAAAACACCUUAAGUUAAUUUCCCCCUCAUCUUUUUCUUUAAAGUUUCCUUAACUUUAAGUCAGUUGCACAAAACAUUUUAAGGUGAAUUUCCCCCUUAACUGUAGUGAAACGGUUAAGGGUUCCAGUGAGGUCCUUCAGUGAGGUGUUUCAUUCACUAUGGAUAUCAAUGUAAACAGCAUUUGUGGAAGCGAAUGUUGCUUUCAUCUGCUCUGGUGACAAAAGGAAAACAUCAACCAGCUAGCUACUUAGCUAAACAAUGGAAGGUGCACAAUCCAUGGAUACAAAGCUAGCUGGCUAGUUAGCUAUAGCUACUCUGUAAGCUACUGUGGCUUGACGUACUAUAGAGCAAUAAAAACAAGUUGAGAAACAAAGUAUCUACAAGAAAUGCGGUUUAUUAUCUUCUGAAGCCAUUUGGUUGUCCUGUCUUGAUUGUAGAGGUUAUAUUUUGCUUUCUCACAAAAUCAAAGCAUCUCUUUGACCAGCAUUUAUUCUGUGAAACAGGCUGUCUCCAUGGUAACAAGAUACUCUUUCUGCCAUACAUGCCUUCAAACUACCAUAGAACCCCUUUAAGUAUGCCUUUAACUAAUAAAAUAUUUGAGGGGCACUGCCGGGCGACAGGGUAACCUAGUGGUUAGAGUGUUGGACUAGUAACCGAAAGGUUGCAAGUUCGAAUUCCCGAGCUGACAAGGUACAAAUCUGUCAUUCUACCCCUGAACAGGCAGUUAACCCACUGUUCCUAGGCCGUCAUUGAAAAUAAGAAUUAGUUCUUAACUAACUUACCUAGUUAAAUAAAGGUAAAAAUAAAACAAAUACAAUAUGCAACGCCCUUAAACAAUUCCCUUAGGUAAGGAAAAAUUAUUCCUUAAAGGAAACUCUUAAGAUGUUUUAUAUAAAACACCUUAAGUAAAUGCCUUACCUUUAAGUCAGUUGCCCUGGUUGCAAAAGGAAAAUAUCAACCAGCAAGCUUGGUGUAUAGCUAGCUAGCUACAUAGCUAAACAAUGGAAGGUGCACAAUCCAUGGCUAUAAAGCUACCUGGCUAGCCCGCUAGCUACCCACUAAGUGCAUUAACUUGAGGUACUAGAAAGUAAUAAGUAACAAGUUGAGAAAAAAGUAACAGCAAGAAAUGUGUUUUAUCUUCUGAAUCAAUUUGUUUCUCCUCUGUUGAAUGUAGAAGUUCUAUUUUGCGAUCUCCCCCCCCAAAAUGUGAUUUAUUUGACAAGAGAUCACAUUCAGACAGUGAAUCAGGUAAUCUCCAUGGUAACCAGAGACUAUUACUGCCAUACAUGCCUUCAAACUAGAGUAAACCCCCUUCAGUAUGCCUUUACCUAAGGGAAAUGUUUGAGGUGCUCUAUGCAACGCCCUUAUAGAAUUCCCUUAGGUAAGUGGAAAUUAUUACUUAAUAAGGGAAAGCCUUAAGGAAAACACAUACAAUGUUUUAUGCAACCAGGCGCACACAUUUAUUUGAGAAGAAGCACAAAUCGAUGAUGGAAAUAAGUCAUGGCACGUUUUACCACAAAUAUUUACAGAAUGACCAAACUGGGUAAAUAUUGACAAUAUUUCAUUAUUGGUUCCAUGAUCACUAUUAUUACUGUUUGUUAAUAUUAUUUUGCUGUCACUGUCAUCUUAUGUGGUCAUCAGCAGUUUAUCCCUGACUACAAUUGUUACAUUAUUGACUGUUUCUUACUUAUCAAUCGAUACAAACCAAUUGUAAAUGCAAUUUUGUCUUGCAUUCAUACAUUUAAAGACAAACUCCGCAAUUACAGAACAUCCCUGGUUUGUAUUUAGUGAUCAUUGGGUUGGUCAAAGUAGUUAAAGGGCUCAAGAAAUCCACAAAAAACUGAGCCUUAGUAUAAGAGUAGUCUGUUAACUGUGAAACCAAGUCAAAUGUAUUGGUAUACUGCCUUACUUUAUGAUUGAUAGAGUGUGUGGGUGAACAACUCAUGUCUGUCCUCCAUUAGUCCUACAGUCUACUGUACAGCACAGUCCUUGGGAUUUGAAGAGUUUCAUUCCAAAAUGCUGUAUAUCCAUUUCCAUUAGCUUUUGUUGUUUAAAGAAAUUGUAAAAGAGAUUGGGGUGUUUUUUUUACUAUCUAAUCAUAGUUUGGGGUUGUCCAAUGACAGAGGUGUAGUUGUUUAAAAUGUAUCACUUGAUGGUUUCAUUUCAGAGACAAAUAAUCAUGUUUUCUUUGCAAAAUGCUAUAUAUCUGCCUUAUUCAGAGAAAUAAGUAGUACUGCUAGGAUUUACACAGUGACAUGUAACAAAUAAUUACAUUUUUAAUGAAGAACUGUACACAUUUGUGACAUCAAUAUAUAAACAAAAUACUAAAUAAUUAUAUACAGUAAUAUGAGAUCUGUAUGUAAAACUAUUACAUUUGUGAUUUAGCAGAUGCUCUUAUCCAGUGUGACUUAUAGUAAGUGCAUUCAUCUUAAGAUAGCUAGGUUAGACAACCACAUAGUGUAUCACAGUCAGAUAUACAAGAUACGAGCAUUCCAUUCCAGCUAAACAAUGGAUAUAGAGCGUUUUGCAAAAAACACAAUUUCAUACACAUCUAUUAAUAAAAAUCUGAUAACAAUAACAUUUUACAAACACAUGAAGGUACCCAAAAGCAAUAAUUUAUGAUUAAAAAAAACACAAAUGCACAAGCAGUAGGACAUUUGAGGUGCCGGUACUCAGCUCUGCUAAGCUCCUGUCAAGCACUGUACUGUAGCAUUUUGGAAAUAAACUCUUAAUUUACUCUCUCCUCAGCUCAGCAGUAUUUCCAGACAGACCAGUUGAUUUUACCAUCGCGGACAAAUGGAUUUGCUGGGAAUGGUACCUGAAUAGUGUCUUCAAAGGGCACUUUAUUUAAAGUAUACUGACUGGCUGUGAUGAAUCUGUAGUUGGAGAGUAAUCAGUCACUGGGCCUGUGCGUGCCUUCCACGGGUGGCUGGACCCAGCUCUGGCGACAGCAAUCCCUUACAAAUAGGUCC